UUACCACCAUCGUCGAACUCGUAUCCUUUGCAAUUCUCAACCAGAAAUCGGCUCUACAAGACUUUUGCUGUUAUGGAUGAAAUAUACUCUCUGGGUGACACCUUGGACUCGCCGGAUGUCGAUUAUUCGAGCCUGUUGACCCCAACUUCGAUUAUGUCCGGGUCGCGUUCUGCUACCCUUGACGGCGUAGAUGAAGCACCGGAUGUUCCAGCGUCAACGCAGAAGAAGAAGAAGAAAAAGAAGUCAAAGAAAUCAACCAAAGCGAAGUCAGAGGCACCGAAAUUGGUAGACGAAGACCGUCCUCCCGUUCUCUGUAUUAGCAGGAACAAGCAUUGGAGAUACAUUAGCUCCUACCAUGGACCAUGGCUUCAAUUGCCUAUUGAACUGCUCGAAUCUUUAUUGGUGCUCAAUCUCGACCCUGCAACGCUGUCGGCUACAGAGCCACGGAUACCCUCAAUACCUCCGACCCCAAAUUCCAACACAAACCGUAUUCGAGACCGUAGCUUCCGCGACUUGAACGAUUUCUCGCCUCCCGACUCUCCACGAGCAUCACUCGCCAGCCUUCCCUUGCCUCCUCCAAUCCCUCCACCACAACCUGGCAAAGCAACCCCACCGCCUAUCGAUCCGGGAGUGUUCCGUAACGUUACUUCGAUACGUCGACUUAUCGACGAGGCAGCCGAAUUGUCGGUUAGGGCAUCCUCCGGACUUUCUGCAGCCGAAUUGGGUUCCAUGCGAGGGGGUUCUGUGGGACUGGGGGGAAGCCCGUGGGCAGCGGCUCAGACACUAGGAAUUAACCCUCUAGGUAAUGUUGGUGGUACUGGGAGGAACGUCGCAAUGUCUGCGAUGCGUAUCCAUAGAUUGAGAGCGCUGGCUGUGCAGAAGCUCGCCCAGGCGUACAAAGCCGACGAGAUCGCGUCGAGCGUCAUGGUUAUGCAGGGCGGUAGCGUGUUUGACGAUGUAGCUGAACGAGUGCUCAAAGUCGAUCCCAACGACGCGGACGCGAAAUACGUCCAUUUCUUUCACGAGAAGAUCCCUUCUCGUCAACUAGCAGAGUCUACGACUACCGAAGUCCUCGACGAGCUUAUCCGAGCUCAGCCUCAACGACUGGAAUUUUACCGUACGCGUGGAAUCGUUCGCUGCUUCCGCGAUGAAUACCCCGAGGCCACCAGAGAUUUCACCUAUGCUCUCAAAGAGUCCCGAGCCGCGUGGAAGGCCAAGGUAGGUCAUACCGACCGAGGCGGACCAUCAGAGUCGCGAACCAAGAGCAGUAAGAAGAGGAAAAGCGGAAGCGGCAAGACCAACGGGCAAGCUCCACCCAGUGGCACCAGUACGAUAGACUCGGCCGUCGAAGGACCAGAUGGGGAGCCACUCCUGAUCCACCCAUCUGUUCUCCCUGACGCCCCGGAUCCGAUCGAGCCGCAGUUACUGUUCCUGCGCGGGGCGGCAUAUCUGCAACACGCCAUCUACCUCAUUGAGGGCGCCGUCCUGCAGCUCGAAGGGAUACGCAAAGCUCCGUCGAUUGAUGGUGCCGAGCUGAGGCUGUGUUAUCUGGAGAAUGGAAAGUACGGUGGCGUUGAGAUUGGGCAUCCUGAUGGGCCACUUGGGAAGAUGGGCGGCGCGAAGGUGAGGGCGUACAGGGAUGCUCUUGGUGAGGGUAGGUUCAAGGACCAAGUGACUGCCUUGCUGAAGAAGAGUAUCCGCGACCACGACAAGUUCCUCGCCCACUUUGACACGCUCGAGUCGUCUAACUCGGUUUUCGACAGUGGUGAGGACGUGGCGAAGCAGGUCGAGUACGCGUUCUUGCUUUCAGAGUCUAUCCGGCCCGGAAACCACUCGAACGGAUCCGCACCGGCUUUUCCGUUAUCUGACGCGCCGGCGAUGUUCACGACGUACCACCCUUUGCUCGUGGAGAGCCAUUUCAGCGUGCUCAUCUGCCAGUUGAUGCUUGCCGACUUUUCUGGGCUCUUAAAGAGGUUCAUUCACACCGCGGCACUCGUAGAUGGGCUGGAAGGGUACCCUGUUUUCCUCCCUCCUCGGUCUAUGGCCCAAGCAGAGUUCAUCGAGGUCCUGGAACGGCUUGCUGGAGGAUGGAAGAACGGUAUUCAGCUCCACUCGCUGUGCAAGGGCCGGGCGAAGGGAAGACUGGCUAUCGAAGCUCGACCGGUCACCCCUCCACCUGCUCCCAUCCCGCUGAAAGGAGGGUCUUCCUCCACCGCUGGUGCUGGGAGCUCUCGUGAUGACAGCUCGUCGUCCGGUACGGGGUCUCCGCCACCGUCUCUCCCUGGCCGUCAGGACGCAGACGAGGCGCUGGACUGUGCGAGGAUCCUAUUGGCGCCUGUGGUUCACCGCCAACGAGAACGAGCGGAGAAGGCGGCUGCGGAGAAGGCGGCAGGCCCGAAGAAGAAGCCGUUGCAGAUUAACAUACCCCUUCAUGGGCCGAGGGUGGAAGUUAUUUUGGCGUGGCUGGGGGCGGUGCAUUUACCCGAGUUGGAUUGAGUAGAUUGCUUAAUUUUCUAUCGAUAUGUAUUGAUCUUAGUAUAAUGAUUUCAUGGUUUGAGUAUUCGCGAAUUUGGCAUAUCAUAAGCACAUGUAAUUCAUAGAAAUCAUGAUAUUGACUAUAGUAAACUACAUAUAAUCCUACAUACAACGC